CCUCCGCCACACGGCACUCGCAACUACACACGCCAACGGCACAGUGCAUUAUGAAGACAUAGCGCUCUCACCGGCUGGAAAUACCCGAUGUUCGCUUCGCCUCGUAUUCUCAUCUAUUCGGCUUGUACUCUUUCCACACUAUUUUGACUGGAGGACAAUUGAUCGCCAGAUUUAAACUCGAGGAAAAGAGAGAGCGACACAAGAGCGGACAGAAAGAAGGGUACACAGGCUCCGCGCUGACAGACGUUGGGAUUACUUCGCUUGUCGUGCAGAAUUUCUGGAUGUAAUUGUAGUCGACGACACUUGUACAACUGGACAGACCGAGUUUAAAGACUUCGACACAAAAAUGAUGUUACGGCUGUGAAUAUCCUGCAUCAGUAGGAGUACUCAGACGGACCUGACUCACGGGCUCCCAGCGAGCCGCUGCUGCUCAGGCUGCCAAAGCAUGCUGGUGCCAACGGGUCACGUGACGCCCGCAGCCCUCCGCCCCGUGCUGCUCGUCAUGGCAACGCUCCUCCUCCUCGCCCACGCCGAAUCGCCGCCAAAGUUUUUAAGAACCCCCAACGACCAAACGGGAGUUCAGGGAGGAGUGGCGUCGUUCAUCUGUCAGGCGACGGGCGACCCCCGGCCCAAGAUCGUAUGGAACAAGAAGGGGAAGAGAGUGAGCAACCAGAGAUUUGAGGUGAUAGAGUUUGACGAUGGCUCAGGCUCAGUUCUGAGAAUCCAGCCUUUACGCACGCCACGGGACGAAGCCAUAUACGAGUGUGUGGCCUCCAACAGCGUCGGAGAGACGAGCGCCACCACAAGGCUGACUGUUUUACGUGAGGACCAGCUGCCUGCAGGGUUCCCCACCAUAGACAUGGGCCCUCAGCUCAAGGUGGUGGAGCGGACCCGCACGGCCACCAUGCUCUGUGCCGCCAGCGGCAACCCCGACCCGGACAUCACCUGGUUCAAGGACUUCCUGCCGGUCAACACGUCCAGCAACAACGGACGAAUCAAACAGCUCCGCUCAGGAGCCCUCCAGAUCGAGCUGAGCGAGGAGGCGGACCAGGGGAAGUACGAGUGUGUGGCCACCAACAACGAUGGCACCCGCUACUCCGCCCCGGCUAACUUAUACGUCAGAGUGCGUCGGGUUCCUCCUCGCUUCUCCAUCCCUCCGACGGACAGUGAAAUCAUGCCGGGCGGCAGCGUCAACAUCACGUGCGUGGCGGUGGGCUCGCCCAUGCCCUACGUCAAGUGGAUGCUGGGCUCCGAGGACCUGACCCCGGAGGACGACAUGCCCAUCGGCCGCAACGUGCUGGAGCUCACCGACGUGGUGCAGUCGGCCAACUACACCUGCGUGGCCAUGUCCACGCUGGGCGUCAUCGAGGCCAUGGCUCAGAUCACCGUCAAAGCUCUGCCCAAGCCUCCGGGGGUCCCCGUGGUAACCGAGCGCACGGCAACCAGCAUCACCCUCACCUGGGACUCAGGCAACCCCGAGCCCGUCUCCUACUACAUCAUCCAGCACAAGUCCAAGAACUCUGAGGACCCGUACAAGGAGAUCGACGGCGUGGCCACCACCCGCUACAGCGUCGGCGGCCUCAGCCCGUACUCCGACUACGAGUUCCGCGUGGUGGCGGUCAACAACAUCGGCCGCGGGCCGUCCAGCGACGCCAUCGAGGCCAAGACGGCCGAGCAGGCGCCCAGCACGGCUCCGCGGCAGGUCCGAGGCCGCAUGCUCAGCGGCACCACGGCCAUCAUCCACUGGGACGAGCCCGAGGAGGCCAACGGGCAGAUCAUGGGCUACCGGGUCUACUACACCAGCGAGCCCACGCAGCAGGUCAACCAGUGGGAGAAGCAGAUCGUCCGGGCCUCCAACUUCCUCACCAUCCAGAACCUGACGCCGAACAAGACGUACUACAUCAAGGUGCUGGCCUACACGUCAGUGGGCGACGGACCACUGUCCUCAGACCUGCAGAUUAUCACCAAAACAGGAGUUCCAUCCCAGCCGACGGACUUCAAGGCGGAGGCGAAGUCUGAGACGAGCGUCCUGCUGUCUUGGGUAGCGCCCUCUCAGAACGGACAGGACAAUCAAAUUAUGGGCUAUGAGCUGCUGUACAGGAAGAAGGACGAGAAGGAAGAGAAGCGGGUGAGCUUUGAGCCUACGACCACCUACCUGCUGAAGGACUUGAAGCCCUUCAGCACCUACACGUUCCAGCUCGCGGCGCGCAGCAAGCACGGCGUGGGAGCCUACACCAACGAGAUCUCAGCUGAGACGCCCCAGACACAACCCUCCGCUCCACCUCAGGAUGUCAAGUGCUCUAGCCAGGGUUCCACCAACAUUCUGGUAAGUUGGCGGCCACCCCCCAUGGAACUUCAAAAUGGAAUCAUUACCAAGUACACCAUCCAGUAUGCCGCCACAGAAGGAGAGGACUUGGCCACAAGGCAAAUCUCGGACAUACCCCCGGAAACCACCCAGUACCUCUUGGAAAACUUGGAAAAAUGGACAGAGUACCGCGUGGCAGUGACCGCCCACACAGACGUAGGACAGGGCCCCGAAAGUUUGCCCCAACUCAUCCGAACAGAGGAGGAUGUGCCAAGUGGCCCCCCUCGCAAAGUCGAGGUGGAGCCCGUCAACUCCACGUCAAUAAAAGUGAUGUGGCGCUCGCCGGUGUCCAACAGACAGCACGGGCAGAUCCGCGGGUACCAGGUGCACUAUGUCAGGAUGCAAAAUGGGGAGGCCAUGGGACAGCCGGUGAUCAAGGACAUCCUGAUAGACGAUGCUCAGUGGGAAUAUGAUGAUUCCACCGAACAUGAGAUGGUCCUUGUCGACUUGCUGUCUGAGACCACGUACUCCGUCACCGUAGCUGCCUACACAACCAAGGGCGACGGGGCGCGCAGCAAGCCCAAGCUGGUCACCACCAUGGGUGCAGUUCCCGAGCGCCCGCGCCUUAUGGUGAGUGCCACCAACAUGGGCACGGCCCUCCUCCAGUGGCACCCGCCGCCCAACACGCACGGCACCCUCCUCGGCUACCGCCUGCGCUUCGGCCGCAAGGACGUCGAGCCGCUGACCGUCAUCGAGUUCCCCGAGCGCGAGAACCACUACACCACCAAGGAGAUCCACAAGGGCGCCUCGUACGUCUUCCGCCUGUCCGCCCGCAACAAGGUGGGCUUCGGCGAGGAGACGGUCAAGGAGAUCAGCACGUCCGAGGCGGUGCCCAGCGGCUACCCGCAGGACAUCGCCGCCGACGUGGCCACCGCCACCACCAUCCAGGUGAGCUGGCAGCCCGUGCUGCUGGCCGAGCGCAACGGCGCCAUCCUGAAGUACGCGCUGCAGUACAAGGACAUCAACAGCCCGCAGAGCCCGUCCGAGCUCUUCAUCAAGGCGCCCGAGUCCGCCGUGACUCUGGACGGCCUGCGCGCCGACACCACGUACGAUAUCAAAAUGUGUGCCUUCUCCAGCAAGGGCCCCGGCCCCUAUAGCCCCAGUGUCCAGUUCAGAACGCAGCCCGUCGAUCAAGUGUUUGCAAAAAAUUUCCAUGUGAAAGCCGCCACGAAGACGUCGGUGCUGCUGACGUGGGACAUUCCGGACAACUACAACGCCGCUCAGCCGUUCACCAUCCUCUACGAUAACGGGCAGAGCGUGGAGGUGGACGGGCGGCUGACCCAGAAGCUGAUCACCAGCCUGCAGCCGGAGACGCAGUACUCCUUCCUGCUGACCAACCGGGGCAACAGCGCGGGCGGCCUGCAGCACCGCGUCACCGCCAUGACGGCGCCCGACAUCCUGCGCACCAAGCCCGCGCUCGUGGGCAAGACCAACUCCGACGGCAUGGUGACCGUGCAGCUGCCCGCCGUGCACACCGCCGAGAAAGUCAGGGGCUACUACAUCGUCGUGGUGCCGCUGAAGAAACGCACAGGGAAGUUUGUGAGGCCCUGGGACAGCCCGGACGAGAUGAACCUAGAGGAGCUGCUGAACGAGAUCAACCGGACGAGCCGAGCGCUCCGGUUCCGGCGGCAGCUGGAGUCCAAGCCGUACAUCGCGGCCCACUUCAAGGACCUGCCCCCGGAGUUCACCCUGGGCAACGGCCUCAGCUACGGAGACUUCGAGAACAAGAAGCUCCAGAACGGACAGGAGUACAUCUUCUUCGUCUUGGCCGUGCUGGACAUCUCGGAAAACACGAUGUACUCGACCAGCCCGUACUCGGACCCCGUGGUGUCGGCGGACAUCGAUCCCCAGCCCGUCAUCGACGAGGAGGAGGGCCUGCUGUGGGUCGUGGGCCCCGUCCUAGCCGUCGUCUUCAUCAUCUGCAUCGUCAUCGCCAUCCUGCUCUACAAGAGGAAACGUGCCGAAUCGGAAGCGAGGAAAGGAAGCCUGCCGCACAGCAAGGAGAUGCCCUCACACCACCCCACCGACCCCGUGGAGCUGCGUCGCCUCAACUUCCAGACCCCAGGCAUGGCUAAUCAUCCUCCCAUCCCCAUACUGGACCUGGCGGACCAUCUGGAGCGACUCAAAGCCAACGACAACCUCAAGUUCUCCCAGGAGUACGAGUCCAUUGAUCCUGGACAGCAGUUCACCUGGGAGCACUCCAACCUGGAGGUGAACAAGCCCAAGAACAGAUAUGCCAACGUCAUCGCCUACGAUCACUCCAGAGUUUUACUCUCAGCUAUCGAUGGUAUACCAGGCAGCGAUUACAUCAACGCCAACUACAUCGACGGCUACCGGAAGCAGAACGCCUACAUCGCCACGCAGGGGUCGCUCCCGGAGACGUUCGGAGACUUCUGGAGGAUGAUCUGGGAGCAGCGCAGUGCCAACAUCGUCAUGAUGACCAAGCUGGAGGAGAGGUCCAGGGUGAAAUGCGACCAGUACUGGCCCAGCAGAGGGACGGAGACCUACGGCCUUAUCCAGGUUACCCUGCUGGACACAGUGGAGCUGGCUACCUACUGCGUCAGGACCUUCGCCCUCUACAAGAAUGGGUCGAGUGAAAAGCGGGAGGUGCGGCAGUUCCAGUUCACAGCCUGGCCUGACCACGGGGUUCCCGAGCACCCCACACCUUUCCUGGCCUUCCUGCGCCGGGUGAAGGCCUGCAACCCUCCAGACGCCGGACCCAUGGUGGUGCACUGCAGUGCGGGCGUGGGCCGUACGGGCUGCUUCAUCGUGAUCGACGCCAUGCUGGAGCGCAUCAAGCACGAGAAGACGGUGGACAUCUACGGCCACGUGACGCUGAUGCGCGCCCAGCGCAACUACAUGGUCCAGACGGAGGACCAGUACGUGUUCAUCCACGACGCGCUGCUGGAGGCCGUCACCUGCGGCAACACGGAGGUGCCCGCCCGCAACCUCUACACCUACAUCCAGAAGCUCACGCAGAUCGAGUCGAGGACGGGCGAGAACGUCUCCGGCAUGGAGCUCGAGUUCAAGCGCUUGGCCAACACCAAAGCCCACACCUCCCGAUUCAUCAGUGCCAAUCUGCCCUGCAACAAGUUCAAGAACCGCCUUGUCAACAUCAUGCCAUACGAGUCGACGCGGGUCAGUCUGCAGCCCAUCCGCGGGGUGGAGGGCUCCGACUACAUCAACGCCAGCUUCAUCGACGGAUACAGGCAACAGAAGGCCUACAUCGCCACGCAAGGCCCCCUGGCCGAGACCACCGAGGACUUCUGGAGGAUGCUGUGGGAGCACAACUCCACCAUCGUGGUCAUGCUCACCAAACUCCGAGAGAUGGGACGGGAAAAAUGCCAUCAGUAUUGGCCUGCGGAGAGGUCUGCCCGCUACCAGUACUUUGUGGUGGAUCCUAUGGCCGAGUACAACAUGCCUCAGUACAUCCUGAGAGAGUUCAAAGUCACCGACGCCAGGGAUGGACAGUCGCGGACGGUACGUCAGUUCCAGUUCACCGACUGGCCCGAGCAGGGAGUGCCAAAAUCGGGAGAGGGCUUCAUUGACUUCAUCGGCCAAGUGCACAAAACGAAAGAGCAGUUUGGCCAAGACGGUCCCAUCUCGGUCCAUUGUAGUGCUGGUGUGGGCAGGACCGGUGUCUUCAUCACUCUCAGUAUAGUGUUGGAGCGGAUGAGGUACGAGGGCGUGGUGGACAUCUUCCAGACGGUGAAGAUGCUCAGGACGCAGAGACCCGCCAUGGUGCAGACAGAGGAUCAGUAUCAGUUCUGCUAUCGAGCAGGCUUGGAGUACCUUGGGAGCUUUGAUCACUAUGCAACGUAAGAGUCUCGCUCCGGGCGGGCGGGGGCAAACCAGACAGGCCUUGAGAGGAGCCAGAGCAUCUCUACUGAGCCAUAACUCCCUGCUUGCGACAAGUACUUCUUUACUCAACUCCUAGGGUCAAGACUUACGUGUUGGGCGACGAACCCAAACCUAAAAAAAAAAGAAAAAAAAGAAGAUUAUUAAAUAAUUGAGGAUAGACAAUUCCAUGCGGACCAAGAUUAACCCCCCCUCACAACUCUCGGUAGAACCUCCACACUUCCCCUUACCAUCAAACCCCUCAUGUCCCCUGCCUAUCCCAACAAGAAAAUCCGAUAAUCGUGCCCCCCCCCCCCCCCCUACCCCACAAUACUGAGACACGGGGAAUCCUGACUGUUGGAGCUCUGUAUGGAAUUAUUAUUUUUUCUUCUGUUGGCUUCAAGGAUUCCCCUCGGACGGCUCAACUCAACACAUGAAAUCAAUGAAAAUAAAAUAAAUGAAAAAAAAAAAAAACACAUAUACGUAAAAAUGAGUAAAUAAAUGAACAUUCACGAGAACUGCAUCAACUGACACAGAGCUUUGGGGGAGAGGAGUCGUCGGACGGAAACAGCCUGAGAGAAGAUGCAUAUUGUAAAGAGUAUUUUCUGUUCUACAAUCAAAUGACACGAGAGAGAGAGAGAGCAUCUCAUUGGAUGACGAAAAAAGAAAAGACCAGUGAUUGGUGAAAUAUUAAAAAGGGACACCACUAAAGUCAAAAAGAAAAUAAUCCUUUUCCUGUCGCAACUUUCCUCGUUCAAUUAUGAAAAAAAGGGGGUGGGUGUGGGAUGUUUAAAGGAAUACCAGAUAAAUGAUAAAAACCUAUUGAUUUAGUUUUUUAGUACUUUAUUAUACAGCUGAUCCUGUGCUUUCUUUUGAACUGUGUGAAAUUAUUUCCUUUUUUUUAACAAAAUGAUCACUUGACGAAGUGAAUUCAAGUAUAGGCUUUGUCAUUCACUUUUUUCCAUCUGAUGCAUAAUUUUGUAAGCUGUAGAACUACUCUAAUGUAUGCACCAUCAUGUUUUAAAAAAGAAUCCCUACGCUGUCUUUUUACUGUUUUUUUUAUUCCCUUUUGUUAAAAAAAGGAAUACUUGUUGUCACUUGUUUAUCACAUAAUUGUUUUGCAGUCCUGCGUUUUCACUACCAGAAUGCUAACAUAAGCAUUUCUUUUUCUAUUUGUCCACAAUCACAUACACAAUAACCUACACCUGUUCAAUUGAGUAAAUUGAACUCAAUUCAAUUGAAUUCAAUAAACUGGGGCUUUGUGGAAUCAACAGGGAUGAGCAAAGUAUGAAGUUGCUGCUACCAAUUAUCUUAGUUCUUCCAUGUUAGAAUGAUGUGUUGUUGACGAGAGGAUAUUUAUAAAUACCAGAUUUAUAUUAUAUAUAUAUAUAUACAUAUAUAUAUGCCAUAUAAAGCGAAUAUAUUCUCUAUAUUCUAUGUAUAGAGAAUAUAUGUACCAUAUGAACAUAUUUAUGAACUUCAAGACUAUACAAUAUAAAUGAAUAUAUAAAUAUAUGUUAUGAAUGAUUAUAUAUAAAAAAGUUCUGCAAUGAGAAUGGAGUUUUUUGGGGGAAAUGAUGAGAACUUUCACUGGAAUGCACAUCAGUAGGACAAAAAAAAGAUCGUAUUUCUGAUUCAGUGCAUCUUUUCUUGUGCAAUAAAUAGGUGUGUUAUAUAAGUAGGGUUUUUGUGUGGAUACCUUGAUUUGUUUCCCUUUUUCUCUCUCUGUCUCUCUCUCUCUCUCUUUCUUUUUUUCAUGCCAUUGCUAUCCCCUCGACCGAAGGGGGGAUUGAGGAGAUUGUCACGUUGUCACUCAAAAGUAAUGUAGUGAAUUUAGCCAUGUGGAAGUACCGUCUAUGGUUAGUGCAGCUAGAACGUUAGCCAUGUAGUCAUCCUCCAGUAUAAUAAGGCAAGGUACAAAGACGUCACUUUCUUGAGGUUCUAAAAAGGUGUAACAGCGUAAUAUUUUAUGUUUUAUUUUUUGCAUUUAGAGUGCCUUAUAUUUAUGCCUGCUUUUAUUAAAACACUCAUUAACUCUUUUAUGUAUUGUCUAGUAGUCCAUAUUAUCAAUUUGUGUAUUUAAUUUUACCAUAAGUAUUCUCUUUUUUUGUUAAAAGUAUUAUGACAUCAUAUGGAAUUAUAUAUGCAAAUAAGUAAAUUCAAAUGCUCCAGUUUCUUUUUUCCUUGAUCUUUAUGAUUUUCUGUGGCCUUACUCUGGCAUAGUGAAAAGUAAACUAGAACUGUAAACAUUACAAAUUACACGUGGCUCGAGGUCCAUCACUAGACAUUGUUAACUUGUUAUACAUCGUUUUUUCAACUUAUAACACUAAAAGGGUGAAGACUUCAGCAUCAUUGCGUGCGACGAUGUGAGAUAUUGUUGUGUCUCAAAAUCAGCCAGGUGCAUUUCUAAGUCCGCUCUUAAAGACAAAAACCUUAACAGCACAAAGCGUUUAGUUCUCGUUUCAUCGUCUUCGUGUCGGUCACAUGAGACAGCCUCCAGCCAUCGGAGUGCUAGGAGUUAACUCCUGACUCUCAGUCGAAAAGGGACUUCAUACCCUGCCUUAGGACUGACAGCACACACUUGAUAAGGAUGGGUCGUAAUCAAAAUAAGCAAGCGGGAAAAUAGCAUUAAAAAAAACACAAACAACUGAAAAGAAAAGAAAGACAUGUUAAAAGCUUAACAAAUGAACUCUUGACAAUCCAGCAGCGUGUAGGGGGCCAGGGACGGCGAAGGACACUCUCACAAAGCAAGAAGCGUUAUUCUUACACGUAUUUACGUUGGUAGGUUUCGACACAUGACAAAGACACGUUCAAAUUUUGUUUGCACGGUAGAUAUACAGUAUAUAUACUUUGAGUUUAUCGUCAGUGGCUUUGUGGAUGUGCAUUCCAGGUGCUUUCUUUCCCUGACUGCUUUGCGCUGAAAGGUUGUGAUUCUCUUAGUCGCUUCAUUGGUUCAUAUUGUUUUUGUUUAUUUUUUUGUUGUUUGUUUGAUUGUUUGUUUUUUCUUUUUUUUCUUUUUCCGAUGUUGUUAUUGUUGCAUUCUCCUUCACCGGUCUUUGAUUUUACAUUCAUUGCUGUAACAGUCAAACUCGAAAAGUGCUAUUAUUUAGCUCUGUGUACAUGUCAACUCAUCUGUUCUAUGUCACUAUUGUCCCAGGUGUGUCUUUUUCAUUUUCUCCAUUUCAAUCUGAUUUCAAUAUGCAUGGUAACCAUGUGGCCGGAGAGGGCCAGGUAGGAAGAAUUGCACUUUCUCUAUCUUUGUACUAUGCACUGCCCUCUUGAUUCUGAACCCAAUAAUGUAUUACUUGAACCCAUCUGUAAGAAACUCCUGACACAUUCACUUUGUGUAUAUAAAUAACACAACAAUGGUAUUGAAAUUUAAAGAAAAAGACAAAAAAAAAAAAGGUUUGUGGCAAAAAGAGCAUCCAUUCUGGUGCCAUGGAAACUCAUCCAGGUGACUCCCUCCCUCUUUGGAAAUUUUUGCCUCCCCCCUUCUUCCCAAUCCCGUCCUAUCCCUUAUCCAAGCUCCACCCCACCAACCCCCUCUCCACCAUCCGUUCUGUGGCUUUUGCCCUAAGAGCUUAGAGUGUCAUUGAGAGAAAAUAAACGUUGUGUUCUCUACUCUUUCUCUCUCUCUCUCCUAUCUAUCACUUGUCUGGAUGCAUAGACUGAAAUUAAUUAAAGAAAUUGUACAAAACAACUAAAAAAAAAGAGAAAAAUGGCUUGUUAAAAGAAAUCAUAAAAUUACCUCCAGUUAGUUGUAAGCGUAUACUGUUUUCUUUUUGUUUGUUUUUUGUUUUGUUUUUAUUCUGAUUUGUUAUUUGUUUGUUUUUCUGAAUGAGAGGGGUGAUUUUUAUUUUCUUACCUAGGUUACAUUGGUGGCGAAAGAUGUCUGUAUGGAUACAAAAAAAAAAAACGUUCUUUGCUGACACAAGUUCCAUUUGUUAUAAAUGAAUUCUAUUAAAAAAUGUAAGUGUUA